AUGUCUGCUAAAUCGCUCAACACGGCUGCAACGCUUUUUGCGGGCCCCGGAAAAGCGAGCAAUUCAACAGCGUCUGUCAGUGGAAAUGCUUCGUUCCAUCUCGUCGUUGAGGGCGACAUCCAAACGCUCUCUACCCAGAAUGCUCCAGAAGACGGACCGGUACAAGGAAUACUCUUCGUUCCUAGCCUGGAACUGAGCGAUCCGUGCAAUAACAUAACCGCGCCGUAUAUUCCAGCCAAUGUGACCCGCCAUCAAGACGUGAGCCCACAUGGAUACCAAACUAUUGGGCUUGCACCAUGGAUCACCUCGAAUUGCAGCAAGUCGUUUUUGGAUGCCUCAAGUCGUGUAGACACAAAGGCGCUGGUAUUUUUUCUCCCAGUACGUGACGAUGCAAAGCCACCACCGCCAGACGAUCCUAUGUGGCUAUUAAGCGGUGGGACUUCUUUGGAGAACGAUUAUCCGUACCCCAUUUAUGCUAUUCCUGGGUCGGCAGGCGUUACUCUUUUUGAGCAACUAUCACGGUAUCCAAGCAAUGAAACCUUUCCCCAAAGCCAGCAAAAUGUUUCCUCCCGGGGCGAUGGGGGAUAUGUGCGGUUGUAUACUUUCAUAGACCUAGAGAAAAGCGGAAAGAAAACCCCAAGUAUCUGGGGGUUUCUAUUAGCAAUUCUUGGGACCGUAGUAGUUCUCGGUGUCAUUCUUCUCCUCCUAUAUCAAUUCUUACAGAGGCGACGACGUGAGAUCUUGCGGCGGCGCCUUGCAGUAGGUGCGCCGGACUAUCAGCAGUUCCAACUCCAGAACCUCAAGGUCCCGCAAGAGUUUAUUGCGAGACUUCCGACUUAUGUCUAUCCUAAUGUGGACAAUCGUGGUGAGGAUCGUUCGCUGCAGACCUCGUUUGACAGCAAUAUGCCCGAUAGAGUCGAUAAUACGAAUCGAGGCGGGGACAAGCAGCAAGAUAGUGAAAAGGAGCCGGAGGUGGAAGCAGAUGAGCAGAUAAUACAACGCAAGAACUCAGCUGGCUUCGAAGGUGUCCUGGACGCCGAACAGGAUUCUAAAACGGCUCAGGAAAGGGUUAAAGAUAUAUCGCCACAGCCAGCUUUAUCCGAGAAUCCCUCCCCGGCAAGCUUUGAGCCGGAUAUUCCUUAUGCAAAGCACACAACUCAACUGAGCCACUCACAGACAACAUGCGCCAUUUGUCUUGAUGACUUCACCCCAAAUUUAUCCACCGUACGCGAAUUGCCGUGUGGCCACAUUUAUCAUCCUGAAUGCAUUGAUACCUCUUUGACUCAAAGCAGUAGCCUUUGUCCGCUAUGCAAAAAGAGCGUGUGGGCACCUGAAUUCUAUCCGAUUCCCACUCCCGAAGCUACAUACCGGCAUGAUAACGUGCGGCACCCAUGGCUGAUGACGCAGAUUUGA